UUUUCCUAUGGUAUAUAAAAAGAGAGAGAGAGAGAGAGAGAGAGGGCAGACAGAUCGCUCGUUGAAAAGAGACGAGACUGGUAGAACGAUUUUCUCUCCCGUGUAUCGAGGGAUCCAAAAUCAAACCCCUCCUGCAAGGCUGCAAUCUAGCGUUUCUCCAAUCCGUUUGGUCUCACAUUUUCUUCAACAAGGUUUGCGCCGGCCAUGACGAUUCCAGAUUCGGGUUACAUGAUGGAGGAAAACGGAGUGAUGGGGAUACCGUUAACGCCGGAGGAAGAGAAACGGAUCGUGACCGAGUUAACCAACGAGGCAGAGUCUAAUUUGAAAGAAGGCAACUUGUAUUACGUUGUUUCCAAUAGGUGGUUCACAAGCUGGCAAAAAUUCACUGGGCAAGAUGCUGGCGAUUAUUUGCUGGACAAUUCUCAGACUUUGGUUUCGUCAAAGCCAGUGGAUAGACCUGGACCAAUUGAUAAUUCUGAUAUAGUUCUGAAUGGAAAUGAAUCCGAGAUUGAUGAUCUAGAGCUUCAUAGAAAUUUGAUUGAAGGAUGUGAUUAUGUUUUAGUUCCUCAACAAGUUUGGGAGAAGCUUUACGACUGGUACAAGGGAGGGCCAGCAUUACCUCGGAAAUUGAUUUCCCAGGGUGACGUUAACAAGCAAUUCAAUGUGGAGGUUUACCCCCUUUGUCUAAAGUUAAUUGAUUCUAGAGACCACAGUCAAACAGUUAUAAGGUUCAGUAAGAAGGCUUCAUUACAUGAUCUUUAUGAGAGGGUGUGUACAAUCAAAGGUAUAGAGCCAGGAAAGGCACGAAUCUGGGAUUAUUUCAAUAAACAGAAACAGUCGAUGCUGGAGGAUUCAAACCAGACCCUUGAGAAAUCUGAAUUGCAGAUGGAUCAAGAGAUUCUUCUGGAGAUCCAAUUUGAUGGACUUUGGCCCCCUGGAUUUGGUAUGGAUUCAACGGGAAAUGAGUUGGCUUUGGUUCCAAUAGAACCCUCAAGAUCAUCUGUGACGAUUGCUGGUGGCCCAGCUUUGUCCAAUGGUCAUUCAACAAGUUAUGGUUCGAGUUUUUAUCAUGCAAAUACUCUAAGUUCAGGUUCUGCAGACAAGGAAGAUGCUUUUGACAUUUCAAGGACUGCCACAAAAGCAGAUAGGGGAGGGUUGGCAGGAUUGCAGAAUUUGGGCAAUACUUGUUUUAUGAAUAGUUCUCUUCAGUGUUUAGUGCAUACACCUCCCCUUGUUGAGUACUUUCUGCAAGAUUACACUGAUGAGAUCAACAAACAGAAUCCGUUAGGUUUGCAUGGUGAGCUUGCACUUGCAUUCGGUGAGUUACUGAGAAAACUAUGGUCUUGUGGAAGGACACCAAUUGCGCCUCGUGCAUUUAAGGGAAAAGUUGCUCGAUUUGCUCCCCAGUUUAGUGGGUUCAAUCAGCAUGAUUCUCAAGAACUCCUUGCCUUCUUGCUGGAUGGGCUGCAUGAAGAUUUGAAUCGUGUUAAGCAAAAACCAUAUUUUGAAGCGACGGAUACUGAUGGUCGCCCUGAUGAGGAGGUUGCAGAUGAGUGUUGGAGAUAUCACAAGGCUCGGAAUGAUUCCAUAAUCGUAGAUGUUUGCCAAGGCCAAUAUAAAUCAACUUUGGUUUGCCCAGCUUGCAACAAAAUUUCAAUAACAUUUGACCCAUUCAUGUACCUAUCCUUACCGCUUCCUUCUACGGUCACUCGGACAAUGACAGUGACUUUAUUUUUGGGUGAUGGGAGUGCUCUCCCAAUGCCAUACACGGUUACUGUCCUGAAACAUGGCUCUUGUAAGGAUCUCAGUAUGGCAUUGGGUACUGCAUGUGGCUUAAGGAGUGAUGAAACCCUGUUGCUUGCAGAGGUCUAUGAACAUGGAAUAUUUCGUUUUUUUGAUAGUCCUUUGGAACCAUUGCCUUCUAUAAAAGAUGAUGAAUGUAUUGUAGCCUACAGACUUCCUAAGCGGGCAGAUUUGACAAGGCUAGAGAUAGUUCAUCGACACAUAGAAAAAUUUUUGCCAGAUAAUUUGAAGGGAAGUGAGAGGAAGCUUUUCUUGACACCCUUGGUUACUUAUCUGGAGGGUCCACAAACUGGAGCUGACAUUGAACUUGCUGUUAGCACAGUGCUGUCUCCUUUCAAAAGGGAGACUUACUGCAGUCCAACUAGUAUUCCGAGUAGAAUCAAUGAAAAUGGCUCUGCCUCGGAAUCUAUUGUCGAAUCAACAGACGGCUGUGCUUCCCAUCCUGAACUGGGAAACCAUUCGAUGGAUAAUGUGGAAGUGGAAGAGAUGUCCGGCAUGGAGUUGACUUUUCAGCUCUUCCUAACAGAUGAUAAGGUUUUGAACUGCAGGCCCAUUUUAGAGGAUACACAUGUAAAAACCGGACAACCGGUUAAGGUUAUGCUAGAUUGGACUGACAAAGAAAAUGAGUUAUAUGAUUCCAACUACCUAAAGAAUCUUCCUGAGGUUCGGAAGACCGGGCUCACUAUGAAGAAAACUAAGCAAGAAGCUGUCUCAUUGUUUUCAUGCUUGGAUUCCUUUCUAAAGGAGGAACCUUUAGGGCCUGAUGAUAUGUGGUAUUGUCCUCGCUGCAAGGAACACAGGCAAGCCACCAAAAAGUUAGAUUUGUGGAGGUUGCCGGAUAUACUAGUCUUUCACUUGAAAAGGUUUUCAUACAGUCGAUACCUGAAGAACAAACUGGACACCUUUGUGAAUUUCCCGAUUCACAACCUUGACUUAAGCAAGUAUGUGAAAUGCAAUGAUGGAUUUGGACAAUCUCAUGUAUAUGAGCUCUAUGCCAUUAGCAACCAUUAUGGUGGCCUUGGCGGAGGGCACUACUCUGCGUAUGCUAAGUUAGUUGAUGAGGACAGAUGGUAUCAUUUUGAUGAUUCCCAUGUUUCACCCGUUAGCGAAGGUGACAUCAAGACUUCUGCUGCUUAUGUGUUGUUCUACCAAAGAGCUAAAGUUGGACACGCUGAAUCAGGGGAGCCAUCCCAGGGUCAAGUGAAUAUUUAAAGUCCAUGUUUAGGUGCAUCUGUGUUUCAAUUUUCCUUUUCACAGCUCUCAGUGCAUAUGCUUCAGAAAGUUGCUCUGGUGGUUGAAUUCUCUCUCUAGCGUGGAGUUUUUGGGGUUGCAGAGGAAACCUGCUGGGAUGUAGGUUGAAGACGACGACAGUGGGUAGGCAUGAAGCACAGUAUCAGGGUUUCUUUUUGGUCGCAGCUUAUCUCGGUUAAAAAGAUCCAGACAAUAUGGGAAGAGGACUAGAUUAAUUUUUUCCUUUUACGAUACGUUUAGGAAGAAAUUUCCUUUUACGAUACGUUUAGGAAGAAAUUUCGGGGGGGGGGGGGGGGGGGGGGGGGGGGGGGGGGGGGGGUGUGGGUGGGGUUUGCAGUACGUUGAUAGAUACUGGAUAUAUUAUUGUUGUAAAGCCUUCUCACCUAUAGGCAAUUUUCACAAAUACUUGCCCGGAGGAACUUGUUUUGCUUUUCCCCUGUUGACAAUUGGACCAACCAUUUUUGGUUCUACUGUCCCCGCCAAUUUAUGGUCUGUGUAUGCUUUGCUCAUAUUUUGAGUUUUGUAUUCAAAUACAUUCGGUGUAAUGCAGACGGCAUACCCCUCUAUUUCCACAUUAUUAA